AUUUAGUGCAGGAUGUUUUUUUCCAACGAUAACUGUCCACAGUGGAUGGUGUCAUUAUUGCCAUAAUUGCGAUCAUAAUCAUCUCAGCGGCAUCAUAUCAAUAGAGUUGCUAUGGUAACUGCAAGGAGGCAGGCCGAUAAUGGCGAAGUGCAAGGGUGCGAUGGAGACCACUCUUGAGGAUGAUAGUUUCUAGGCCAAUUCAUAAGCUGUACAUUCUCUAGUCGUGUGCGGACAAUUUGCUCAAAGAGACUGCAUUUCAUUAUGUACUAACUGACUCAGAGGAAUGAAUAAUGUACAUGGUUAUGUUGAUUAUGAACUUGCCGAAAGCAUUAACCUUCACAUUGAGGGCGAACAAUCUGUAAAUCAAGCGAAAUGAGAUAAAAUAUGUGUGCGAUGCUGAGACGACGUCACACUGAGGAUAAUAAGGAGAAUCACCCACAUAGUGCAUGCCUUCACACGCUCCCUAAUAGCGAGUGGAGAUUCAUCUUUCCGCACCUCAUCGUCUCCAUUCACUCCAAACCAAGAUGAGCUGAGUGAUCAAACUCCACUUGUUGGUAUCAUAUCAAGUUAUUAAUAAAUAGUGGUUUGUUAAUAAACACACCAUGCUGUGGGGAGGAUGUUGUACUGCACUCUACAGUAAUUCUCUUGUUUAGACGAGGAGGCAAUUUCGUGUGUGAUAAUGGAGGAAGAUGAAGAAGUCAUCCUGAGGCCUCUGAGGGUGGCUCGCGGUGGUAGAGGUCACAUAGCACACAGUGACACAGAGGCAUUGCUUGUGGCCGAAGCAGCAAAGGACCUACCACCUAUCGCCUACGCAGCACCCGUCGAUGACGACGAUCUUCCCGGUGAUUGUGGCGACGUUUCGGGAAACACACCAAGAAAACAAUCCAUUACUCAGGCUUGGCUAACUGCCAAGGAUUCUACUAGUUCUGAAAUACGAUCUUCUGCGUCCAAGGGUAGUAUUGCAAGCAUAAGUAAAGUGGAUUUAAGACCGACUAGAGUGUCAACAGUGAGGUCUGGUAAGGUUGCCCCGUCGCCAUCGCCAUCACACAGCGAGAGCUCCCCGAAGAGUAGUGACAACAGGUUAGCAUCCGUGUCAUCAUCUACCGGGAAUAUGCCGACAUCCAAGGGCGGACUGGACCGUGAGGACACGGUGGAGAUGGGUGCAUGGCGGAGACGGCAUGGAAGUGGAGAUAGUGAUGAUGAUUCGAAUCGUAGAGCCAAUAAGUAUGCUCCCAACUGGCCCACACAGGCAGAGCUGGAUGCUGCAGAUGGUCUAGGAGGAGGACUGGCAGCAUCUGAAAGUACUGAAGAUCUUGCCAAUCUCAUCAGUAUACAUCAGGCAGCCAGAGAUGGAGAAGUGGAGACGAUGCGGCGAUAUUUGGAGCAGAUUGGCUCCAAUAAACGUCGCCGUGUUAACAAACUAGAUGAGAAUAAUCUGAGUGCUCUCCACUAUGCAGCACGUUACAACCACAUCGAGAUUGUUAAACUACUCAUCAAACACCAAGCAGACCCUGGAAACAAAGGUGAUGAUAACACAACACCUAUCCACUUUGCUGCUCGGUGCAAGCGUCCUAAUAAAGCAACGGCUACGGUUGUGGUAUCGGGUCAAGAUGGCGGUGAUGAAGACAAUGAUGAGGAUGAUGAAGAUGCUACUGAUGAAACAACUGGUAUCAUUACAUUCUUGCAGUCUGCUGGUGCUGAUAUAAAUGCACAAGAUAUCUAUGGUCAAAGUCCGCUGCAUUUUGCUGCUAUGAGGGGAAAUGAUAUCGCUGCAAAGGAACUUCUUUCUUCCAACAAAAUUCUAUUUGAGGCAGUAGACAAGCAGUUAAUGACUCCUCUCCAUAUGGCCUGUACCCAUGGCAACCUGGAAGUCGCCAAAAUGCUGAUCGAAAAAGGGGCGCAACUGAGAUGCUGUGAUGAGGAGAACAAUACCCCAUUAUUAGUUGCCUGCACAGAAGGCCAUAUCAAAAUCGUCCAACUGUUGUUCGCUGCUGGGGAGAACCAAGGAAUAUUGAGCCAGAUGUUAACAGACCGUGAUGUGGAAUUGAACACAGCCAUCCAUGUUGCAGUUGAUAGUGGGAAACAGGAGAUUGUGCAGAUGUGUCUGGAGAAAGGUGCCAAUGUGAACACCUUUGAUUAUCAGCGUAAUACAUCCCUUCAUGUAGCAGCAGCAGCUGGUCAUCUUAACAUUGUUAAGCUGUUGCUGCAGCGAGGAGCAAGGAUUGAUGCCCUUAAUGCAGAACGAGCCACAGCGCUUCAUCGUGCCUGUGCAUUCAACCGGCAGCAUGUGGUAGAGUUCCUGAUAAAGAGUGGAGCCAAGUUAGAGCGACGUGAUAAGGACAACUUCACCCCAUUGCUAAUAGCUGCAAGUAAUGGACACAGUGCAACAAUAGCUGAACUCCUUAAACGUGGUGGAAAUAUUCGAGCUGUUGAUAAACAUGAAAAGAGUGCUGUCUAUUGGGCUGCUCAAGAAAAUGAAGUCCAGGCUUUAACUGUUCUGCUUGACCAUCGUAAACACAAGGCUAAGAAGCUAUUGAUGGAAUCAGAUCGCUACAAUAACACACCCUUACACAUUGCUGCUGAGAAAGGUUACAUCCAAAUAGUCAAGAUUUUACUGGAAAGAGGAGCAAGUCUUGAAGCUAAGAAUGAGGAGGAGCAGACAGCGUUGCACCUUGCUUCUAAGCAUGGACGAGUCCACACUCUAAAUGAGCUUGUACGUCAAGACAUUACAGGAAUCAAUGAUGAAGAUGAAAACUCUAAUUCUCCGUUACAUCUAGCAGCUACAGAGGGUCAUGCGAAGUGUGUGCUAGCUCUAAUUGCAGCUGGUGCUGAUAUUGAAGCAAGAAACCACACCUUAUGGACUCCAUUGGAUUGUUCUGCUGCCAAUGGAUGGGUGAAGUGUGCCACUGCUCUCCUAGAGAAUGACAGCCCUGUGGAUCCCAUUGAUAAAUCCAAGACGACCCCUCUUCAUCUAGCUUGCAGGAAUGGCCAUGUUGAGAUGGUGAAGCUUCUUGCAACCUGGGGAGCUGAUCUAUCGCUCAAGGAUGCCGAUAAUCGCAACUGCCUUGAUUUGGCUGUCGACAAAGGACAUCAAAAUGUUGCCCUCGCUAUUAUCGGCCUGAAGAACUGGCUUCAUGCAAUGUGCUCAGUUAGCAAGGAUAAAUAUACCAAGAUGAGGUUGACUCCAAUGAGAAAACUUAUCAAGAAGAUGCCAGAUGUUGCAGAGGUGGUUUUCAAUAAGUGUUUGAUGGAGAAUGACUACCCACCUGAGCAUUACAAGUAUUGCAUUACAUUUGACUAUGAGCUCCUUGAUGAUAUGUUCUCCAAGUGGGAUGAUAAUUCUUCAGGAAGUAAAAAUCACUCGCACUUUGAUUCAGAUAACACAUCUGAGAAGUCUGGAGGAUCUGAUGACUCGCCGUUUCAUGACAAUGGAAAUCUGAUUUCCUCUGCCACUCCUUACACAACAGAUGCAGAGAUCUUGAGAAAGAACCACCCCCUGACGAUAAUGGUUAAUUCUAGGCGGGAUGAGUUGCUAGGUCAUCCAUUAGUCACCAGUUUACUUCAGCAUAAAUGGGACAGCUACGGCAGAUUCUUCUACUACAUAUCACUGAUGUUUUACAUUCUAUACCUCAUCUUCUUGACUGGUUAUGUGACAACGAACCCACCUCCUUUUUAUUUCAACAUGGAGGACAAUAAGACAGUCACUUGGAAUACAGAUGGUAAGAAGCGUUGGGAAAUGGGUUUCAAUCCCAUUACUCACUUCAUAUUUGGAACAGUCGGUGAUUGGGUCAUCAUUGGGUUAUCAGGAUUCAACAUCUUAAAGGAGCUAGUCCAGAUGUACCAUCAGAAACUGAACUACAUUGGCUUUGUGAAUAUACUUGAAUGGUUUAUCUACAUACUGUCCAUCUUGUUUGUGCUACCUCUAUCUGGAGUAUCGUAUCCAUACAUGGACGGAGCAGACUGCACUGAGUCUGGUGCAGCAUGUGUCUCUGUGACUCUGGUCUGGCAAUGGCAGUGUGGCGCUGUGGCUGUCUUCUUAGCAUGGAUAAACCUUAUCCUAUUCCUGAGAAAGUUCCCCCAGUUUGGCAUUUAUAUUGUCAUGUUUACAGAUGUGUUGAAGACCUUUCUGCAGUUUGCCAUUGUGUUCUUUCUCUUCAUCAUUGCCUUUGGAUUGGCUUUUUAUGCCUUGCUCAUGAACCAGGAACCCUUUCAUCGUGUUCACUACUCAUUGUUUAAGACAUUUGUGAUGAUGAUAGGAGAGUUUGAGUUUGACGGCAUCUUCCACCAACUGGAUUAUCUAGACGUUUCUUAUGAAGAAAAAGAAGGCAAUGCCAAGGAGCUGUUCUUGGUUAAGGUUCAUUACAAGGAAGUUACAUACUUUGUCUUCACCAUCUUUGUCAUUCUACUGUCAAUCAUUGUCAUGAACUUACUGGUUGGUCUGGCUGUAGAUGACAUCAAAGGUGUCCAGGAACAAGCAAAGUUGCAACGCCUUGGUAUGCAGGUGAACCUAGCCAUGGAGGUACAGGAAGCCUUACCGAGGUUUAUGUGGAGACGUUCAAUCAUGAAGAAACUGACUGUUUAUCCAAACCAACAAAGCAGAAGUAUUUGGGCAAAGUUCUAUAGAUGGUAUUCUGGACGGGAAGAACUUAUUGGUGAUGCUAUAAACACUGCACUCAAUCCACCCAUGACAAAGCUUGAGGAAAUUAAAAUGCAGCAAGAUGAUCUGACAGACACUGUGAAGAAUGUGAAAUAUCGACUGAAGAUGCUAAGAGUUCAGAACGAUCGUAUUGAAGGAAUGCUGGAAGCUCUCAUCAAGAAACAGGAAGUAGACUGGCAAGAAGGAGAGGCAGAAGAGGAAGUUGGGGAGUAAAGGUCAAAAGUAAAGGUCAGGAGAAAGAUAGAGAGAGUAAAGGUCAGGAGAAAGAUGGAGAGUAAAGGUCAAGAGGAAGUUUGGGAGUAAAGGUCAUGAGAAAGUUGGGGAGUAAAGGUCAGGGAAAGUUGUAAGUAAAGUUCAAGAGGAAGUUGGGGAGUAAAGGUCAUGAGGAAGUUGGGGAGUAAAGUUCAAGAGGAAGUUGGGGAGUAAAGGUCAAUAUCAAGGGUUAGUUUACUGUUGCAUGGUGUUUAUAUCACAUGUAAAUGUAGAUAUUCAUGACAUCCCAUCUAUGUCUUUAUAUGGAAACUAGAAUUGGUCUUCUGUCAUAUAACAAAUUAGACUUUUUACAAAAUCAUUGAAGUACUCAAGUUUUUAUAAGACGUUAGUUUUUGACACCUGGGCCAAAUUUCAUACAGCUGUUUAAAAGCAGAAAACAUGCCUUAGCAAGUUUCUUUGCUAAGCAAAAUAUUAGUGGGGCUUCACGUGUAACGAUGUAAACUUUAGCAAGUUUGUGUGCUUAAGCAGCUUUAUGAAACCGGGUGCGUAAGCUCCUACUGUUUUUGUUACCCAGAUACACAACUCUCCAUGAUAGACCAAAAACCAGAUACUCUUUUUAUACUUAUGAGACUUUCCAAUUAUUUUCCAGGACCAUUUAAACAAAAGUAUUCCAGCCCAAUUUUGGUGAAGACAUAUUUUCAAAAUUACAUCAAACCAAAACAAAAUGUAAAUAUUUUGGAUGCAUUUUAAGUUUAUGAUGAAUAAGUGAAGGCUUUUAUAUAUUGUAUAACAUACAAGUAUUUUUUUAACAGAGAGAUUUAUCCGAAGUAAGAAAUUGAAGGAAUUAAAUAUCAUACAUUUUCAUAAACAACUUUUAAUAAUAAUAAAAAAUUUAUCAUCCCGAUUCCAAUUUAAGCAAAUCAUGAGAUUCAUGAAAAGUAAUAUAUUUCAAUAUUUGAAAUUUUCACUUUUUAGGCAGUAGUUGUAGAGACAUUUUUUUUAUAGUAGUGUUCUAAGUAUGAUGUGACUUCAGCAGCUGCACUAACUUAGGUUUUGUAAUAAUCACUGUCUAUAAAUUAGAUUAUGCAUUAAACCUUCUACAUGUACAUAGAUCAUUGUACUUAAAUUGCAUCAACCAUGGCUCCCAUGAAUUAUUUUCUACUGGUAGAAUCCUGCACCACUCUUCAUCACAUAAUCUAACACUAGACAUUGAUGAGGAAAGCAUUCAAUCAGAUUACCAGUAGUGCAAUCCUCAGUCCAAUGGAAUCAAACAAAACAUGCAAUUGGAUUUUGAAGGGUUUAAGUUGGUUGGUUUAUCCAGGAACAUUCCAUAUUAAUCUGGAGAUUCAUUUUGUUGAAUUAGUUUAUUGUCUUUAAUUUGUGGAACUUAAUUAUCUCUAAUCAACAUUCCAUCUCAUACAACUCAUUUUGAUAUUCAGUUUCCUGCAUUUUGUGUAUCACUUUGCUAACAUUGUAUUUAUAGGCCUAUUGAUUGAGGAAUUGGAAAUAAAUGUUGUACUGAACUGAACUGAACUGAACUUUGAAGCUGGAUUGACUAGUCUAUUGCAUGAUAUACAAAAA